AAGGAAUUUAGUUUAGUUGGGAAAGAGGUAAAGUCAGUGUCAACGGAGAAUGUCCACGUGGCAGACAUUUAAGACUCAGAACGAUAGAAAAUGAUUACAACGUUACUUGUAGUGAUAUCCGGAGAAUUACAUCUUCUUACAUCUGACUUUUAUUUCUGAAAGGCGCGAGCAUCUAUGGUCGAUAAAAAAAGAGAAAUAAAAGGCGUUUCAUCAGUUUUUCCAUGGGAUUUCUUUUUCACUUACUUAAUGUGCCGAAACAAGCCGUUGAGAAAUUCGGCAAUAGCAUCUAAAAGCCAUGAGAAACUACGUUUUGCUUUUGUGAUAUUGAUUUGCUCUAUUUUCUUAUUCAUAAUUUGCAGUGAACUAUACAUAGUACAACAUUCUGUGCAAGUAUUCAGCUCUCAUCAGUAUAAAACACAAUCAUUUAGCACAAAUAGACUUGUUCUAGCAAUCAGAAACAAGAUAAUAGAAAUCGAAGAAAAUCUAGGCAUUUCUGGAAAAUAUAAAAAUAAAACUAAAAAAGAUUCAGUGAAAUUCUUAUCAGAGCAUGAUGAAUAUCAUAGAUUUCUUGAUGAAUCUAAAAAAAACUCUAACAAGACAUUUUUCUUUUUUAAUGAUACAGAAACUUUUCAUAAACUGUUUUUAGCGUGGCUUGAAUCUCGUUCAAACACAGAAAUGCCUUUUAAUAUUAGUUUCACAUUGAAUCAUGAGAACGUGUGUGAGGACCACGGACAGACACUAUCUAUUCUCAUUGCUGUCACAUCAUCAGCUACACAUAUGGAAUCCAGAGCUGCUAUUAGAGAAACAUGGGGAGGGUACGCUAGAGAAAAAGGAGCUAAAGUUGUCUUUUUCCUCGGUUUACCCAAAAAUCCCAAAUACCGAACAAGAAUAUGGGAUGAAAAUACAAAAUUCCAUGACAUCAUACAAGCAAGCUUCUUGGAUACCUACGCCAAUUUGACUCUCAAAACCAUUUCAGUCUUAAAAUGGGUUUCAGAAGCGUGUUCUUUAGUAAAAUAUGUGCUGAAGGUUGAUGACGACGUGUUUAUAAAUGUAGAAAAUUUUUUGAACAUUACAGAAGUGAAAAAUCAUUCAAAAGCUAUCUUAGGUGAAUUAGCUCAUGAAUGGCACCCAGUAAGAAGUACUAAAAAUAAAUGGUUCACUUCUUACAAUGAAUAUCCCUUUAAUAUUUAUCCCAACUUUGUUUUUGGUCCAUCCUAUCUACUCAAUGGGGACACCAUUAACCUGCUUUACAAUGCAAGCAUAAAAAUGAAAUUAUUUCAUCUGGAAGAUGUCUAUAUAACAGGAUUUGUGGCAGAAAAAGUAAACAUACAAAGGAUUAACCUUCCAGCAAUGUUUAAUACGCCGAGAGAUUUACAACCUUGCAACUUCAGGAACCUUUUAAGCAGUCACGGUCAUACUCCGCCAGAUAUGCGACGUCAUUGGAUGUGGCUCACUAGAAGAAAUUUCAAGUGUGAAUCUUAAAAUCAAUUCAAAAUUAACAUUUUCAAAGAUAAAAUUAAAAUUCUGAUGUGCAAGAACACACUUUAUAAAAAUGUAAAAUUACAUUCAAAAUUUAUCAUAUUCUAAUUAA